ACACACAAGUAGCAACCAACAGUAUCUCUAUAUAUAUAUAUACAGGUGGAGAUGUCCCGUGUCAAGAGAAUUGCUAAGGAAUUAGAAGAGUGUCGUCAGGAUUCGCAAUCUGGGGUUAUUCUUAAGCUCAACAACGAGAAUGAUUUGACUCAUUUGACUGGAUAUUUCAAAGGACCUCCAGGAACGCCCUACCAGGGGGGAGUGUUUCAAGUAAACAUUGAUAUCCCCAACGAAUACCCGUUCAAGCCACCGCAGAUGAAGUUCACCACCAAGAUCUACCACCCUAAUAUCUCCAGUGUUACCGGUGCUAUCUGUCUUGACAUUUUGAAGGACGCAUGGACGCCAAUUUUGACAUUGAAGUCCAGUUUGAUCAGUUUGCAAAGUUUAUUGCAAAGUCCUGAGCCCAAUGACCCACAAGACGCCGAGGUGGCGAAGCACUAUUUGAGCAACAAGGCUGGGUUUGAAGAGACGGCUGCGUACUGGACGAAGUUGUAUGCCAGCCCUGAGGACGGGGGAGAGUUUGGCAGUGUGCAGGUGAGCGAUUCUGCGUUGUACGGCAUUGAUGAUGAGAUUGUGGGACAGUUUGAGAAUAUGGGAUUCCCUAGAGAUAAGACCAUUGAGGUGUUGAGAAGAAUGGGGGUCAAGAGUUUCAAGGGUGUAGGCAACAAGCCAGAAUUGGAAAAUAAGAUCUUGGAAGAGUUGUUGAAGGAGUGUCAAUAGGUUAGGUUAGUUUAGUUUAGUUAUAUAUCGUAUUGUCGUU